AUAAGAUGUUAAAAAAAAUACAUAUCAAUCAUCUAUUUGGACUUCCCUUGAUGAUCACUAAUUUUUUUAUAUACAGUAUUGAAACUCCUUACUUUUUUCAAGUUGUAAAAAAAAAUCACAAACCAUGUUUAAAAAAAAUCUGGAAAAUAAGACAAACCAUAUAGUUUCAUGAAAUGCAGAGAGUUUUGAAAAAGUAGAACCACAUUUCUUUAGAAAAAAAAAUAUUUUGUGGAAUUACAAGUGACAGUUGUGACAUAUAUCAUGUAUAUAUACAUUUUAUAUGAAAAUUAUUAUAACAUUUUAGCCCCAUAAUUUACACAAACAGUUUCAUUCAUUCAUUGUUUAAAUAGUGUAUUGGAAAUUAUCAAUUAAUUCACUAAGAUAUAACUUAACACAAAACAUCAAGUUUUUCAGCUCAUAAAAAUGCUGUGAACCCUUGUACAUUUCCCAUCAUGAAAAAAAAAAUGAUAACAUAUUGCUCCCAAUUGUAUAUAUUGAGGUUACUUAAUUAUAUUGUCCUGAAUGACUACUUAUUAAAAGACUUUGCAUAAAAAGGAAGAAUUUAGGGGCAAUGCUCCCCUUCUGAUUGGUAAAAAGUUCAUUGUUUUAUUCAGGCUGCCCAGUACAACACGCAAGUGCCUGUACAACACAGAAGUGACCCGUACGACACACAAGUGUCCCGUACGACACAGAAGUGUCCUGUACGACACACAAGUGUCCCGUACGACACAUUAUUUUGUUUAUGAUAUAUUGACAGAAAUAUUCAGCCAAUAGCGGUUUCUAACAUAAUGAAUGUCUUUAGUUUGAUAGGAUUAUCAUUAUCAUCAGCCAAAUAAAGUGAUUGAAGAAGUCAAAGAGACAUAAAGUAAGUAAGUUUGGCUUCAAUUUAGAGAUGUCCCGUAUGACACAUUUUGAGUGUCCCGUACGCCACAAUGUUCUCAAAUUGUAAUUUGCUUUAUUUAUUCAUGAAUGUUUAUUUUGCUUUCUUUCAUAGAUGUGUUUGUUCUUGGGUAAUUGAAUAUCAAUUUAAGUUCAGUUUCUAUGAAAAUUAUCUGUCCAACUCACAGACUUUAGAGUACAAACUUGAGGUUUCUAAAAAAGCCACUUUUUCUGCGUCCGUACGACACAUUACUAUUUUAAAUCUGUAUUAUACAGGAUGUGAAUUCAAGUCAUGUUAAGUCUUGGUUUUUCUAACACUCUGGUAGUACUUGAUGAUCACCUUUAGUUACUGGAAUAUUUUUUGUUUUUCUUGUAAAAAAACUGUCAAAUGUUCUCUAAAUGUCCCGUACGACACGUAUGGAAUCACCCAUAGAUAUAUACCUUUUCACACAGCUUUCUCAUUUCUCAUUUUCCUGAGCAUUCAACUCAUUCUUUUCAUAAUAAAAGUUAAGUUUUCAUCAUGAUGAUCAUAUUGAUCUGAAUUAACAUGGUGAUCGUAUUCAUGUUCAUGAGAAUAUGACAGAUCACCUUAUUCGUCCUCAUGACGUAUUAAAAUUCUAGUUUUAUUUUAGUUUUGACACACAAUAUUAACAUUCAAAUUGGAAUAUUCAUAUGAGAUUAAACAAUAGAAAUACAUGUAGGUUUGGCAUGUUGUAUUGUUGAGCUCUCCCGUGAAUGCUGGUAGUCCUUGAUGCGCUUUUGAUUGUGAUGUGACUUGUGUUUCUGAAAUUGCAAAACUCCCUUUGCACUGACAAGUAUUCUUAUGAUGGAUUCUUUUGCAGAGAUAUUUUAGACAUUAGCUAUUUUGGAUGAGUAUCCUUAUGAAUUUUUAGUUAUAGUAAAAUAGUAAAAGCUAUGACCCCUUAACCUCAGGUAAAAGGUCACCAAAGGUCAACAAAAUAAGAAUAGUAUGCUGUCUUUUAGUAGGAGCAUACAUUACAUGUAAUGUUUGCUGAAAAUUAAUAUAAACUACUUUUUUUUUUCUUUGUAGGUGUUCCAUUGCUUUAGGUCACUCCAUAGCACUCAUGUGAAGUCUGUCCUGAUACUUAUCAAAUGAUAUUGAAUCCAACAAAUUUCAGGUUGUUUGUACAUAAUGAAUGUAUUGAUGAUCUCUGAUGGAAGAAACUAAAAUGUAGCUGAAUUUAUUAUGCAAAAUUGACUGUUUUUGCCCGUGUUGAUAAUACAGGCUUCCUGCCAAAAUGGAUGGUUCAGAGUCGUCAAGCUGCUUUCAAGCAAGUGAACCUCAUCCUAGAAGCCCAAUACCUCUGCCAGUGUUUUCUGAAAGUCUUGACAAUUCGGCAAAUCCUGCCGUUAAUAUGGAAAAAAUAAAGCCAGAUGAGGACCAAAUAGAAUCAACUCACUCACUCACAGCUACUGUUCAGAUGCAAUCAAAACCAGGUCAACAGAUGGAAUUUCAUACAGACACCUCUGCACGUGACCAAAUGGAUUUUAAUGAAACAGUUACUCCAGUUGAUGGGAAAGCAAAAUCUAAUGAAACCCACCAUGCAGAUGAUCAGAUUGUCAAUGUCACAGCACAUGCUUCAGAUAGAGAGACCAAAUCUGAUCAACCAGACAUUGUUGCUGACAAAGGAACUCGUAGUGAAGCUCUGACUUCUGUGGUCAAUGAUAUAGCACAGAAUGCAGAUAGAGAGAUUGUUUAUCACACAAAGGGUGCAGAUAACAUGAAUACUGAUGCUUGUGACGUGAUAGAUGAACAGAUGAAAGAUAUAUAUAUUGCAGAUGAAUUAACCAAGACUGAUCAACCAAACAUUGUUGAUGAGAAAGCAAAUUCAGAAGAAGCUAACAAAAGAGAUGAAAAAAGAGUCCAUGAUAGAGCACAAAUAGCAGAUGAACCCACCAAAUCUGAUGAAUCUGUCAUUGCCCUUGAGACAACAAACCAUGAUGAAGCUCAAGUUGUUGAUGAAAAAUCUUUGUCUGAUGACUUACUUAUUGCUGAUGAGGAAAUAGGCUGUAAUGAAGAUCACUCUGAUGUGGUCCAUGAUACAACAAGGCGAGAUGAUGAUGGAAAGACUAACUGUCAAGUAAAAGAUUGCCAUGAUACAACACAUAUUGCAAACAAGGAGACAAUUUCAGAUCAAGUAUGUAUUGUCAAGAAUGCAGACUUAUUGCAUGUAGCAACUAAUCAUGAUCAUUUAAAUACCCAGAAUUCCAGUGAUGUAGCACAGAUUGCAGUAGAAGAGACCAGAUCUGAUGAGCCAAACAUUGCUGAGAAUAGAGACUAUGCAGCUGUUGACAUGGAAGAUGAUCAGAUGGUCCAUGAUACAACAUAUGAUGCAGAUGAAGAGACAAAGUCAGAUCAAUUACACAUUGAUGAGAAAACAGGUGAUAAAUUAGCAGGCUUUGAAGAUUACCAGAUAAUCAAAGAUACAGUGCAGAAAUCAGAGACAAGCAGAGCAGAAAUGACUCAUUCUAUGGAUGACUGCAUUGCAUAUGAGACACUACACAAAGCAGAUGAAAAAAUGGAGUCAGUUGAAUCAUCUAUUGAAGAACACCAAACAGAGUCAAAUACAGCACCCAUCAGGGGUGAGAGAAUGGAUUUGAAAUGUUCACACAGUUUAUACAACCAGAUGAAAUCCAACCCAACCUCCUCUGUCGAAGAGAAAAUGGGAUCUGAUAAACAUCUCAAUGCACAAGAACCAAUGGAGUGUGAUUUACCUUUCAUUACAAAUGAUAUUAGAGAAGCUGAGAACAAUAACCAAGUAAUCCAUGAUGCCACAGUAAUUUCUAAGGUAGAAGGAGCAUCUGUGAGACCAUGUGUUACAGAUGACCAACCUGAAUGUACAAAAUCACUUUCUCCAGAUGAUGAGACAGAAUCAUUUGGCAUAUCGCAAGUUUUGGAUGAUGAACUAGAAAUUGAUAAAAAGGUCAGUCAUGCUGUAGUAGCAACUAAUACAAAUGAUGAGCGUGAACUUGAUAUUAAUGCACCCUCAGAUAGAGAAUCUGUUGGAGGAGGCAUUGUUGAUGAUUACAUGGAAUGUGAUACAGCAUCUGUUGCAGAAGAGCAUGAAGAAGCAUACAAACCUGGAAUUAUAAAUGAGACUCAAUUUGCAAUGAAUGACUCCAAGUCUGCUGUGCCAUGCAACUCUGAUGAGCGGGCCAAAUUUGAUUUCAGAGGAGGGACAGCAUCAGAUAAAAUCCAAGCUACAACUGAGACUGAAUUAAAUACAGUUCCUAUUUCUGACUUGAAUUCAGAUGAGGAUUUUGGGGCAAUUCCAGAUGCGAUACCUACCAAAGAAUCUGAUAACGUGCCUGGCAUGGAUGAUCAAUGUGAACUGAAAUCUGGAAAUAAACUUUUGGUAGCAGAGCCAGAAAAUUCAGUUGUGGGUGUCACUAAAGAUAAUCUGAUGCCAUCAUAUGCAGAUGAAUGCUCUGAAUCCAAUUCUUUACAAAUUCCAAUUAAACAAAUGGAAAUUGAAAGUGCCCUUGGUGUAGUCGAGCAGAUCAAAUAUGGUAUAUCUCAAAUACCAGUUUUACAUUCAGACUCUGGUGCAGCAUUUAUGAAUCCACAAAGGAAAUCUGAGGUACAAAUAGACACACAAGCAGAAUCUGAUGGACAAGUGAUAGACACACAAGGAAACUUUGAUGGAAAAUUGUUAAACACACAGACAAAAUCUGAUGGACCAUUGGUAAACAGAGAUAACAAAUCUGAUGGACCAGUGAAAGACACACAAGCUUCAUCUGAUGGAUGCUUAAAAGUCACACAAACAGAAUCUGAUGGACCAGUAAAAGACUCACAAGCAGAAUCUGAUGUACAAAUGAAAGACACACAAACAGAAUCUGAUGACCCAGUGAUAGACAUGCAACCAAAAUCUGAUGGACAAAUGAAAGACACACAAGCAAAAUCUGAUAAAUUGGCGAUGGGCACACAAUCAGAAUUGGAUGGACUAAUGAAAAACAAAGCAGAAUCUGAUGGACAGGUGAUAGACACAGAAUGUGAAUCUGAUGGACUAGUGAUAGACACAGAAUAUGAAUCUGAUGGACUGGUGAUAGAUACACAUGAAGAACCAGAUAGACUAAUGAUAGAUCCACAAGCAGUAUCUGAUCGACCAGUGAGAGACACACAGACAGAAUCGGAUGAACUAGGGAAAGAUUCACAGGCGAAACCUGAUGAACUAGUGAUAAACACACAUGCAGAAUCUGAUCGACAAGUGAGAGACACACAAUCAGAAUCUGAUGGACUACUAAAAGAUACACAGGCAGAACCUGAUGAAUUGAUGAUAGACAAUCAAGCAGAAUAUGAUGGAAGAAUGAUAGACACGCAAUCAGAAUGGGAUGGACUAGUGAUAGACAGAGAGUAUGAAUCUGCUGGACUGGUGAUAAAUACACAAGAAGAAUCUGGUGGACUCAUAAUAAACCUACAAGCAAAAUCUGAUCGACCAGUGGGAGACAGACAAACAGAAUCUGAUAAACUCUUGAAAGACCCGCCAGCAGAAUCUGAUCAACUAGUCAAAGACACACAAGCAGAAUCUGAUGGACCAUCAAAAAAUCCACAAACAGAAUCUGAUGAACUCUUGAAAGACCCACCAGCAGAAUCUGAUCAACUAGUCAAAGACACACAUGCAGAAUCUAAUGGACCAUCAAAAAAUCCACAAACAGAAUCUGAUGGACCAGUAAAAGACGCACAAGCAGAAUCUGAUGGACCAGUGAAAGAUACAAAAACUAAGUCUUGUGAACUGGUGAUAGACAUGCAACCAAAAUCUGAUGGACUCGAGAAAGACCCACAUGAUGGGUAUCAAAGAUUAGCAACUCACAAAGAAGGUGUUUUACUAGAAAGUACACAGAUUGAAGGUAAUGAAGAUGAUUCUGCAAUAGUAAUACAGGAACAACGCUCUGUAAGACAAGUGGCUGCUUCUCAGAUUGUAGACUCCAUUUUAGAUAGGCCAAUGACAGAAGUAUGUGACAGAAAAAAAGCAAAUAGUGAUAUCAGCAGUAAAAAAUAUUCUACUGUCUCUAUCGUGGAUUUGAAAGGUGGUUCUGCUGUUAUAGAUCUUAUUCCCAAUCCAAGAUUUGGGUUUGAAGGUGCUGAUUCGGCGAAAGCUCUUAUGAAUUAUUGUCAUCAGAAUUCGAAAAGACCAUCAGCAGAAAAUGUAAGAAGUAACGCAAAGAAAAAGCCCAGACUCUCCGGAAAUCAUCGCAUGCUUUUUGGAACCCAGGAUAGCUCAAGUGAGAAUAGAAAUGUAGAUAAACAGUGUUGUGACCAGAUACUGCCAACCACAAAGUCUAAUGGCACAGAUAGAGUUAAAAAAAUUGCCAGAAUUCAAACUUUUGAAACUCAUCCGAAAUUCAUCAAAAUGGUGGUUGAUACUAAAUAUCAAGGAUCAACUUCUUCAAAAUCCUCUGGUUCACUAGUGCAGCAGACAUCUGCCAGUGCACCCAACAUGGCAAGUUCAUCAAGGCAAUCAUGUCCUCAAUAUAUUGAUGAAAUGGCUGUACCAAAUAUAUCGACAGAAUCUGUUCUUUCACGUACCAAUGUGAGCACAGUCCAAAAUCCAGUACCACCAUUGCCACUACCGACUGGUUUUAACAUUGUUCCAGUGGCAACAACACCUUUUCUUCCCACUCUGCAAUAUAAUCUUCCAAUGACACAAGUCCAAACAGGUAUUAGCAAUGUGCCAGUUGUGGCAAUGCCUCAACUCACCAGUUUAAGCACUGUACCAACCAAUUCCACACAAAUGAGUUCUGCAUUUUCAAAACUAGGAAUGGCUCUUUCCUCGACACCCCAGAAUAUUGAUUCAAUGGCCCCACUGCCAUCAAUUUCUGUUCAGGCUAGCACAAGAACUGUUUCAGCAUCGUUGGACUGUAAUUCUGCAAGAACGCAAACUGCAUACAGUUCUGUGAAGGUGCCAUUACAGACAUCAGGAGAUAAAGUUCAACCGCUAAAUAAGCAUCAGGUUGCACCAAUCAGUGUAUAUCAUAUUGAGCCAGCAGUUAAUCCAGUUGCAUCUAUGCCCCAACUUGGCAGUUCAAGAAUUCCACCAACCAAUUUGACACAACCGAAAUCCUCAUUUUCAACUGUAAGAUUGAUCCUUCCUCCAAAACUCCAAAAUGCUGUUUCAGUGGCACCAGUACAGUCAAUCCCUGUACAGACGAGCACAAACACUGUUUCAACAGCAUCAUCGGAAUGGAAAUCUUCAGGUCGGCCUUAUGCAUACAGUACAGUGAAUGUACCGCCACCAUCUCCAGGAAAGGCAGUUGAACCACGCUUGGAGUUUCCAAUAGAACCAAUCAAUGGAAUUGAAACUGGGGCAGCAGUUAAUCCACAUUGUCCAGGAAUUGUCCAUCUAGGGUAUAAUCAAUUACCCCCUAGUCAAAGGGAUCAGGUUUUAACACCCUCCUUCUCUAUGUUGCAGAAUUGCCAAAGGCAUGAAGGAAAACAAUGCAUUCAACAUGCAUCGGCUGUAAAGCCCCACAUUCCAUCAACCAUCUCAAAUCCUCAGUCAUCUGUUCAAAAUGCAUUUUCGCUAUACCAACAAGUGGCAAACGCCACAAUCCUUCGUCAAGUAAAAAGUAAGCCUAACGACCCCUCUCCUGUAACCAGACAGAACCAAGUUCAAGAAUGCUCACCAAGUAAUAAUAAGAGAGCAAAAUCUACACUGACUUCUGACCAUACUCCCAAGUCUUCUUCACAUCCUACUGCAUCCUCUAAGAUUACAACACCAACUACCAAGCAUUCCAUGAAAGUUGAAUUUACUUCAGUCAAAAUAGCGGUGCCAACCACUAUGCCUGCAUGGGUACUUGUGAAUCCACUUAACUUCAGCGCAACUUCAUCUUCACAUACUCCAAUACUUGCUUCAUCUCACACUCCCCCUUCGCAUGUUGAAACACAUGUUCCAAGAGCGAUUAGUACUCAUACUGUUGAAGACCAUACCACUAUGACCAGAGUUCAAUCGCAUAUAUCCCCUGUUCCUCUUGAACAAGCCAUUGUUAAGAAAGCGAGUAUGAAACGACCUUGUGAGAAUGUUGGAGGAGACCAAAGUAAGAAGCCACGACAAAUGAGUGAGGGGGAAAUACUUGUGGAGAGACUGCAAAAAGUAUCAGCUCAUUUGCUUUAUGUAGUCUUGGAAUUAUUGCAGUUUGUUACUGCUAAUCGGUAUAGUCCUUUGCACAAUCCAGCAGUCUGUGAUCUGACGUCUGAGGAGCUGAGUGCGCAUGGUGCGUUGUUAGCAGCAGUAUAUGGUCAAAAGUUUCAUGAUACAUUAAUGGUCAAGAAAAUCAUUAGUGAAAUAGCUGAUUUACCAAUCCACAAUAUAGGUGAAGAUGAGCCCAGGAGAGUGCAAGAAGCAGUUGAUUCUUUGAGUGAUGUAGGAUUGGCUAAGACAGAGAAAUUGAACAGGCUGUCUCAGGUACUGUUCUCUGACUAUGAACGGGCUUUCUGCAGUGCCACUGGAAAAGCAGGCUUCCCACCAUUCUGCAAGUCAAGGAUGUUUGUCCUACAGCAUGCAUACUUACUUACAAUUGGAGGAAAUGCAUCCAAACAGAUUUCAGAAGGAGAAAGGAUGAAGCAAGUUCUUGAUUCAACAGCCAACCUUUUGAGGAUGCAAAUGACACAAGAAGGAGGGUACACAGAUCUACAGCGAGUCAAAGAUUGGAUGAAUAAAGAGCAAGAACGAGUGAAAACCAUUCUCUGUGAACAUCAGAGGGAACUUGCUGAACAAAGGAAAAAUGCUCAAAAAGCUUCUGCCUGCCGGAAUUACUUAAUGGAGACCCACUUAGGCGCUUAUGUGAUGACUUCUUUUGAGAACAGAAUGUUGGAAGAGUUCUGCAUCUCUUAUGACCAAGCUUUAUCAACAGAUAUACAACUGGCACAUCUUCUUGAGGCAAUCCUGUCUUAUGAUGAACUCUUGAUCAUCGCCAAAACACAAGAAAUGCCAGAAAUUCCAGGAGUCGGUGUGAAGUUUGCAUUCCUGCGACAAGCAUAUUUUGCAGUUUUCCACGAUGGGUCUAGUACCUUGACUUCUCCAAUUACAAAAGUGGAUAGUGUGAAGAAAUGGCUUUUAGGUCAUGUACUCCUCAAUGAUAUUCUUGCUAGAAUCGAAGCAGAAUCUGCAACUCUCAGGUGUCUGCUGCUUGAGACCAAGGUGAGGAUCAAAUCCCUUGCAAAGCAAAAUGAGUCAAAAGAGAAUAUAAAGCAAGUUUCAUCAUCUACCAACAUGCCCCUCAAACAAGAAGACCUAAAACCAGCACAAGGUAUCAAGAAAAGCAAUGGUUUUGAAAAUAUGCUCCCUGGAAAUCUAGGUGCCUAUGUCAUGAGUAAGGUAAUUGCAGUUCAUCUUGAGGUUGUGAAAGACAUCACUGAUACAAGCAAGAAAGAAUCUAUCCUGCAGCACAUACUCAACAAGAUUAUCACAGAAGAUGGCAAUGUUCAAAAUCAGAAUCCUCAUCCAGAAUAUGAAGGGAUAUAUCUUGCUUUUCUUAGACAAUGCAUGUUUACUGUAUUUCCACAUGACACUCAAGAAGUACAAUGUGAAAUUUGGAAACGAUGUACGAAGUAUAUGAUGUCCCUGCUUGGCAAGUAUUUGGUGGAAACACCCAGCAGCACAUUAUCAGUUGUGCAGGAGAAAAUGGAGAAGAACCAUUUGAGCAAUGUCAGAAUCAAAGAAGAAUAUAGUCAGGAAGGUGCAAAAUUAUUCCUGGGAUGUCCAUGCCACAAGGAGAAACUUGGCUCAACAGUGCUUUCUGCUGAUGAAGUUGCAGAAAUUCAUCAUAUUAAAGACAACAUCCAUGGAAAUUCUGAUUUGCAUGCAAGAGAAUUAGCUGUGAAUGAGCUCAUCAAAAUUAUAUUUUGUCAAGAUGAUCUUGCAUCUAUUCCUGUUUGCCUGUCCACGAGAAAGCUUCCUUUCAAGAUUCUCAAGCUUACAAAAUUCAGAUUGGCUUACUUCACCUUAUUUCCAUCUUGCAACUUAGUAACAGAGGAAAGAGAAUGGGCUUGCUGUUGGUCUUUGUUAGCAAGAAGUGUUCACAGUUUGAUGCAAAGUAACAGAAAGUUUAUGUCUCUGAUAUAUGUUCCUCGAACAUCUCUUUGUCAGAUGGACACACAACAACAGAAUGAAAGAGAUGAAUCUGAUGAUGAAAACAUGAUGGCUAGAGAAAUGUCAAACUCCUCUUCUUCUUGUUCUUCUUCAGAAGAUGAAAGUGAAGGAAAUGAUGACUAUGUUCCUCUUUUCAUUCGUACUGGAUCAGUAUGGUCUGAACGUCCAAAGAACUGGAAAUUGCUUAAGAAUCACACUAAUCGAUUGCCAUCUAUGUUAACAGCAGAAACUGAGACUGGUAAGAAGGUACCACUACCGCUAGGUUGUCGUAUGUCACUUGAAAAAAUAGGAUCUUAUGUCAUGACACAAAAUGAAGAGAAAUGGAAGGAGAAAUUGAAACACACUUGCUAUACGAAAAAACUGUCAAGGGAACAAGCAGUGCAGCUUAUUGUAAAGGAACUGUACACUCAAGAUGAUGUCAUGUAUGCACAUAACAGAAAAACAAAUAAGCAGAUUGUUUUCUGCCCAUUGAAGAUGGCCAUACUGCGACAUGUUUACUUUGAGUUAUACUUUGAUGGUAAAGUAGAUCAUGUUAAAUUAUGGAAUCAGUGUUGGGCUCAUCUUGCACAGGUCUUUGACAAGACGAGACAGCUAGCAAGGAACACAUUGCUUGGUAAAGUUGUUGUGACUGAUAAAUACAAACAGCUAAAGGAGCUACAAAUGCGCAAGGAAAAACUACGAAAGCAUUACGAGAAGGAGCACUUGAGAACAGAGGAAUCAGAACAGAAUACUGGAAAGUCUCUGACAGAUAGUCCCGGUGUUUCAACACCAAAUGCAAACCUCUCACCUGAUCAAUUGUCUCAAAAAGCCAGUGCCAACAAUACUAGCUCCACCAAUAAAGGCCAUGAACUGUUCUUUGUCAAGUCAAAAAGUAUUGAUCCAGGUUCUACAAGGACAGAUGUUGUCACAUUACAGAGACCAGUGAGUGGUGAUACAGAGAACAAACAAUCUCAUACUCUGCUAACAGAAGAGGGAGAGACAGUGGUGCUGAUUCAUGGGAGACCAGUUAAUGAGUCAAAUCUUGGAUCACAUGUAAUGACAGAAGAAGAAGCUACCUGGACACAAUCUCUGAAAGACAUCUGCAUCAAGAGAAAUGUUGGAAAGGGGGAUGCUGCCGAGUUUAUUACACAGAAUGUAUACACUGUAUCUGAAAUCAUCAACUUUCAUGAAAGGAGGAGACAUAAGAAAUUGCUUUUUGACAAGUCAAAAAUUGCCAUCAUACGACAAGUGUUCUACACAAUCUUCCCUCCUGAAGGUGAUGAAGCACCCAGUGAACUAUGGUGUUACUUCUGGGCAUACUUCACCAAAGCAUGCCAAAGACUGGAAAAGUAUGGAAGAACUCUGCCUAAUGAGAUAUCAGACCUUCGUCCUGGUCAAAGAGGUAAAUCUGUAGGAAAAAGACCCAUCCAGACGCAGUUUGUUGAAUGUAAGAGACUGAAGCAAGGCAGCGAAGAAGGAAAUGAAGAUACAACUUCCCAAACAAAUACUCUGCAUGGGAAGAGUAUCUCACGUAAGGAUGCAUCAUCUCAACCUACGUCUAAAAGAAGUGAAGCACUAUUCACUUUACGUCCUCAAUUUAUGAGAUUGCUCCAGUGCUAUUCAUGGAAUCCUGUAAUUCUUGUAAGAUUUCUGGCUGCAAACAUCUUCACUACAGAAGAACUCCUUGGGUGUUUUAACAACUUGAAAUCAUUGGAUCCAUCCAAAAUGAAAGCUUACGAAACUGCAUUUUCUCAGUUUUAUGAUCCUGCUGACUCUGCCGCAUCUUGCUGUUUGAUCAAACACAUCAAAGAUCUUUAUCAAGCAACAACCUCUGAGUAUUGGGGCAGACAAACAGCUGAGAAAUUACAAUUGGAAGUAGAGAAAUGUGCCGAACAGUGUGGAUACAUAUCAAGAUCUGUAGACCCCAUUCAGGAAGAGAGUUUGAAAGUACCUACUAGUGCUACUGUAGAGAAAUCAGUAUUUUCAAUGGCUGAGAGAUCCAAGAUGUGCAGAGAUCUUCUGGAUGAUGAUAUAAAGAAUCUCCCACAGUAUAAAUUUGAGAGAUGUGUGUAUAUAGCCUCUAGGUUGAUGGAGAAACUAUUUUCUAGGGAAGAACUUUUGACAGGUAAUACCUCUGGUACCAGAGGAAUGUGUGCCCUUGAUCCUAAGAGGCUUAAUGUUCUUAAACACACUACAUUCGCUAUUGCUGGUGUUGCUCAAUCAUCACAUCAGAGAACAUGGGAUAGAAUUCAUCUUGAAAUUGACCAAGCCCUCAAAUCAAAAGCUUUCCAAUUUGUUACCGAAGAUAGAAGAGUGGAGAAGGAACUAGAAUGUGCAACAGUCCUCAUCAGCCCAAAAUUCAGAAGUCAGACGCAAAGAAAAGAAUCUGAAACAGGAUUUCAUAUGAUCUCUUGUACAAGUCUUAUCCCUGGUGGGCUCCGUAGAGAUCUAUUGCUUUGUGCGAAAGAUCACACAGAAGUUCUGAAGAAAUUGUUGAACCAUUUCAUGCGCAAAGAUGAAGAUUUCAGCCAAUUCCUCUUCCGGUCUCCAAGCAAGAUGAAGUUGAUCAGAGCUGUAUAUUGGAGCAUAUGCUCAAUAUCAAUAGACGAGCUAGGCGAUCGUUGGAUCAAGGCAUUGGAGACGAUAUAUUCCCUUGUAGAAAGCGGGAAACUGUAUGAGAAGUCAACAAGUAGAAUCGAUGUAGAAGAGGAAGAAGGUGCUGAAACUAAUGAUAUCAAGUCCAAAGUUGAGUCUACCCAGCUGCAAGACAAGACUAAUUUGUCUCAGGAUAUGUCUGAUGAGGCAGAAGAUGAUAGCAUGCUGAAGAGGCAAAGAAACAAGGGAGACAUUAAAGACACAACUAUUAGCUUGAUGAAGUGCUACAAGUGGAGCAAGGAGGUUGUGGUGAGAUUGUUGAUUCAACGUAUCUUGACUGAAGCAGAUAUUGAUAGUACAGCAAGAACCAUGGUUCUGAAUAAGAAAAAAAGGAAAGAAAUAGAAGUUUUUUUCUCUCAGGUUUAUGAUGAAGAGGAAAAGGACCAUUGUUGGACACUGAUCAAGCAAAUAAUUAAAGAUGUGUCAUCAGAGGAUAGGAGCUUGCUGUACAAUGUAUGGACAAGGAAGUCAAAGAAAAUUGCUGUUGAAGAAGCUGCUGGUGCAACUCUGUAUCAGAAGAGCAAAUCAAAAUCUCAAAAUCCAGGAAAUCUUGAUGCAUUCAUUCAAGAAGAAUUUCCAUGGCUUCCAUCUGGUGAGGUGGGCAAGUGCUUGUUCAUAUCUGAUCAUAUGAGAAAAUGCUUCUUUAGCACAGAAGAACUUGCCUUUGGUAGUUGCUUUGGCUCUCCUGGAUGGCUGCUGCUUGAUCCAAAACGAAUGGAUGUCUUGAAGCAUGUUGUCUUUACGGUAGCAUCUGUCCCAGUACACAAGAAAGAAAAGAUGUGGCAGAUUUGUAGGAACACAAUGGACAGGAAGAAUAGGAAGCUUAGACAACAACUUCUAGAGGAAGAUGAGAAAGUAGAAACAUUGAUCCAGACCAAUCCCAAUGCUCUUGCGGAGCAAAUUCCAGAUGAUGUCAGAAGUCCAGUCAUGCAGAGUAAGGAUAAUGCUGUAACUGUGAUAAGAGUCUUAGUUCAGCAGCUCUUCAAACCAGAGGAUCUUAUGGGAGAUGCAGAUGAAAUGAUACCUUCCCAGAUGAAAUUGCUUCAAGAGCUCUUCUUCAAAAUUCAUGAGGUAUUACCCUCAGAGAAAGAGGAUGCUUGGAUACAGGCAAUGAGGACAAUCAACUACCUGAAUAAGAUAUCAGGUUAUACCUUCAAAAGUGGGGAUGAUGGGGAUAGUUCUGGUUCUUUUGUCAGUGACAAUGAAGAAGACUGGAUAGGUGGUAUGGAAAAUUAUCAAGAAGGUGGAGAAUCAUCAGAUGAAGAUGCGACUCCUAGAACUCAAGAUGGAAGUGUCAUCCAAGAGAUGAUGAAACCUUCUGAACCAGCAAGUGACAAAAAUACAAAAGUUGAGACAAGAUCUGUGUCAGGAGGACCCACUUCCGCAUUAGCAAAUAUCCGUGAUAAUCAGCCUACAAGGACAAGGAGCUCUGAAGAACAUGUUAAACUAGUUGAUUCUGUCAGGUCACAAGCCUUCAAUAAUGUUGAGGAUCAGGGAAAUAGGAUAGGCAGCAGUAAAAAACAGAAGAAACCAGCCAAUACUGUGAGAUCAAGAACCUUAGGUACACAAGCUGGUCAGCAUAGAAGUACAAGCAGCACAGAAGAAAAUAAGAAACCAGCUGAUUCUGUCGGGUCACCAGCUUUCAAUAAUGUUGAUGAACAGGGUAAAAGGAAAAACAGCAAUGAAGGAAAGAUAAAAGCAGUCGAUACUGUGGGAUCAAAAACCUUGGGUUCAAGAGUUCGCAAGCAGAAAAGUACACACAGCACAGAAGAAAAUUUCAAACCUGCUGAUUCUGUAAAGUCACAAGCCUUCAAUGAUCAAGGGAAAAGGACAAGUGGCACUGAAGAAAAGAUGAAGCCAGUUGAUUCUGUAUUAAGAUCAAGAACCUUUUCUAAUAGUGUUGGACAGCAUAAAAGGGCCAGUAAUACUGAUAAGAAAAUGACACAAGUAGACACUGUGAUGUCAAGGUCCAGCGAUAGCGAUGUUAGCCAGCAUAAUACUACAACUAACACUGAAAAAAAAAAGAAAACGGUUGAUUCUGCAAGAUAUAGAAACUCUAUUAAUGGAGUUGGUCAGUGUAACAGAUCAAGCAGUUCAGAAGACAAAAUAAAACCAGUUGAUGACACCACAGGAGACUCGUUGGAUUGGUAUAUCCUAAGACCAGUUUUAAUGCAACUGUACAAACAUCUGAAGGCAUAUAAGCUGGAAGAAGAUGAAAUAAUCGAUGAACUGAUAAUGCACAUUUUUGGAGCCAAACUGCUUGACGGUCAAAGUGUAGCAUUGUCUCUUGAUGACAGCAUUGAGAUGCUGAAGAGUGCAUUCUUUCUCUUGUACAAUGUGCCAAGUAGUGAACAAGUAGCUGCUUAUGAUCGUCUUGAGGAAAGGUUAAUGCACACUCUGAUGAUUUUAGGACAACAGUUAACCCAGAAUAUGGAUGAAAAAUUGGUUGAGGAUGAGGCAGCAGUGAAGGUUCUGAACAAACCCAAGCCAUACCCACCAAUUCCCAACUUGGACGAAAAAGUUAGGAAAAUGAGAUCUCUAUUGAUGGAGGCAUUCAGAGCUGAUGAAAGAAUUGAAAUGGACAGUUCAAAAUUGAAGAAACUGAAAGGAAGCAAAGUAGAUACAGUGAUAGCUGCUUUUCAGAAAUCAUUCCCUUCAAAGGAAAACAUGGAAAGGAAAGAAGCGAUGACUUUGAUCUACAAUUUAACAGUGGAAUUGCAAGAACUUGUCACAGAGAAGCUGAGGUUCAAAGUGGACAGUUUAGCUGAUGCAUUUGUUCAAAGGGCUGUGUCUGCAUUGGAGGCAAAAGCAAAGCAGCAAGCAUCCUCCACCUCACCAGCAACACCUCUAUUUCAAGCUGUGAUACAGGAGUUAGCUUGUGUCAAAAGAGCUGUUGGUUUAGUUCCAAUGGUCAGGGUUCUUUUGAGAUAUCUCUUUACCUCAGAAGAGCUUGUAGUACUUCAGCAGUCAGACAUGAAUCACCUUCCUCCAACAUUACAAGUUCAAAUGGACCUAAUGCAGAGAACAGUGUAUAAAGUUACAAAGACUCCUUCAAGUGAGAGAGAAAAUAUGUGGUCAUGCAUUCAGUGGAUAGUCACCAAAGAAAUCCAGGAUCUGAAGUCAGUAGAUGAUGAAAGCAACAAGAAGAAGGUCAAGAAUGAGAUAUUCAUACCUGGGUACAAUCGAUGUGCUGCUCUGAAAUGUGUUAUGGGAGUAGUUCUCCCCCUAGAAGAACAAUCCCAAUUCCAUGCCAAUCCACAAGUGUUUGAGACAAGCCAUCCAGAAAAAAUCAAGGAAAUGAAAAAUCUGUACUUCCAAAUCAGAAACAUACAGGAACUGGCUAAAGAUGAAGAGUGGGAGCUGGUAUGUUCUCCUAGGAAGAAUUAUGAGAUAGCACAGCAAUUAUCAUUCCCAAAGAAGGGUACCAGAGAACACAAAUCAGUAAGGUUUGGGAUACCAAAGGAAGCUUUGAUGUCACCAACUUCUGAACAUGAAAAUGUCAAAACACCGUCAACAGAUGAAAGAAACAAACAAGAACAGGAUUCUAAGAGUGAGAAAAAGCAAAACCAGAAGCCAAAAGAAAAAACAGAUGUCUUGCCUAUUGAAAGUCGUAAACCUGCAGAUAUUGGGCAGUCUCACAUAACAACAAGAAGUAAAUUGAAAGAGGCAUCAAAGGAAAGUAACAUAGUUACUACAAGAAGUAAAUCUAAGGAGGCAUCAAAGAAGAGUAAGAAUAUAAUUACAACAAGAAGUAGAUCGAAAGAGGCAUCAAAGGAAGGUGUAAGGAGAAUUGAAGAUAAGAAAAAAGUUUCAUCAAAAAGUAAAUCGCAAGAAGUGUCAAAGGAUCAGAUCCAUAAUCUCCAUGAUAAGGACAAGUCUCUGUUGAAACAAAGUGAUAGAAAAACAGUCUCAACCAAUCCAGUUCCUGCAAUUUCUCAGGCCACAAGUCUGUCAGUCCCACAUAAGAAGACAAUUGUUGUUCUUGUCGAUUACAAUAUUUGUGACAGUGUCUGUAAAAUAAUGGCUGAUGAGGAGUCUAAGAGGAAUGAAAUUGACAUAAAGAAAGACUCUGAGACAAGAAUGACAACUACAGAUAAAAUGAUGACAAAUGGCAAAGGGAUGAAAUCUGAAACUAGUCCUAGCGGUGGAUCCCAUCAAAAUCUUGGCCGGACAGAAGAUGGAGAUGGUGAUGAAAAUGCCAAAUUAGAUAACAUUGUCAAAGACCCAUUAGAUAGAGAUAAGAGAGUUACAACUGAUUCUUCCCCUGAAAAGAAAAAAAUUGAGAUUGGAAACAAUAGUACUGUAAAUCCUGUUAAGCAUGAAGAAGACAUUGGCCAAGAUAUUUCAAUGACAGAAGUGACACAGCAAGAGUUGAACCUAACCAGGUCUCCGAGAGGGAUCACUUUUGCUGAGGAGGACACAGAAACAAAUAAAAGCAAAAAUGUUGACCAGAUUGAAGUAGCAGUCAGCCUCCUUAAAAGUGCUGUAGAAAAUAUUCCAUGUGGAUCUGAUAUUGACAAAAGUACAUCUUGUCAGCCAAUAGAAGUUGAAGAGUUAGCUGCAAAUAAGGCAGUAAAGAUUGAAGAAAGCUUACAGUCUGCUGAAGAAGAAAAGGUCACUAGUCAUUUGUCCACUCCUGCUGAUAGUAAAGAUGCAAAUGCCAAGAAGGUUAUUAGUCCUACAAGUAAAGAUGAAAUGCACAAAAAUGACAAUUCAGUCACAGAAAAUGCACCCUCUUCUGCCUUUCCUGUCCCUGAUGAUGACGAUAACAUUUUGGGGAAAGUGAAUAACAGUGAGACUUUCUCUGAUUUAGAUGAUGAUGUGCUUGAAGAUGAUUUCGAAAAAGAACUUCAUCUUGAUGAAAGCUUGGAGACUAAAGCUGUGCCUUCUAUUGACUCUCGGACAAAUGAUCUGUCAGUUGUGGACAACAGGGAAAACCCUCAAGUUAGGGGUGAGGAUUCUUCUGCUGUUACAGCUUAUUGUCAAACUAUUUCCUCUAACAAUACUCCAAGUAGAUUUGAUCAAUCCUCAGAAGAUUCUCAUAAUUCUGCUACUGAUGGCCAUAAUAUUGAAGCAACAACCAUGGAAGUGGAUUCCCAAUUGUGUGAUGUUGAAUCAAAGGAUGACAGAGAAACCGCAUUGAGUGAUACUUCAAGAAGUAAUACAUCUCAAGGUGUUUGGGAAUCAAAUGAAGUCCUGGAGACUAAUAUUGUACGUUCUCAUGACUCUAAUAAAAAUGGACAGCUAUUGUUGUACUCUGGAAAAGAAACUCAAGAUACAGGUGUGAGUUUGUGUGAUGUUGCAGCACCUUCCAAUGCUUUGUCCCCUGCCCAUAUUUCAAGUAGUAGAUUUUAUAUUUCUUCAGAAUUUACUCAGAAUUCUGCUAUUGUCAUCCAGAACAGUGACGAAGGAAUAACCAUGGAAAUGAAUUCCCUAGUAGCAGAUGGUGAAUUAAAGAAUGACAGAGAUAGAAUAUUGAAGGAUUCUUCAAGAUGUGAAACACAUGAAGAUGCCCCAGAGACUGAUAUUGUACCUUCUGAUAACUCUGACAAAACUGAACAGUCAUUAGUGGAAUCUGGAAAAGAAACCCAAGACAGAGAUGAAAGUUCUCCUUACCAAACUCAAUCCUUUAUCAACACUUUGGGUGGAUGUGAUUUUUCUUCAGAAUUAAUGGAGAAGUAUGAUAUUAGUAGCCAGAAGAGUGCAGAAAAGGUAACCAUGGAAGUAAAUACCCAAGUAACAGAUAGUGAAUCAAUUAUUGAAGGAGAAACCUUGUCAAUUGAUAUGUCUGGAAGUGAAACUCGAGAAAGAGUGAGUUAUCCUAAUGCCAUAGCAUCUUGCCAAACUUUGUCCUCUACUGACGUUCCAGGUAGAAUUGAUAUUUCCUCAGAAUUUUCUCAAAAUUCUGCUAUUGGUAGCCAGAAUAUUGAAGAAACAACCAUAGAAGGGAAUUCCAAAGUGAACGAUGUUGAAGAAACCACACAAAAUGAUACUUCAAGAAGUCAUACACCUCAUGAUGACCUUGAAUCAAAUAAAGGCCCAGGGACUCAAAUUGUACCUUCACAUGACUCUGAGAGAAGUGAAGUGGUUGACACUGGGAAAAUUGUGACUGUUAAUCCUUUUUCUGAUAAUGCAAUUGAACGGGAAUCCAACCAAUGUCAAGCAGAUAUAAGCAAUGAAGCUACAAGAAGUACACUGAAUUAAAAUUGUAGUAAAGCAGUUGGAAGUGAUGAUUCUUUACUUCAAACACACUUGUUCAGGAUUUUGCUAUCAGUAAUCGGAUGUUUGAACAAAGUAGUGAAUCUCCAAGUAGUUGAUGAUGAAAGAGAACCUUUGGUGAUGAAUGAGCAGUAGUCCUCAAGAUGGUCCUAAGUCAUAUAAAGACAAGCUUCAUAGGGCUUCUGAGGUUGAGGAUAGACCCAAAGUGAAAUCAAAUGAAGGAAAUAUGGAAUUUACAAUUUCUUCCUCGAUUGAUUCCCAACCACUUAAGAAGAAUCAAAAUCUUGUAGAUAGUACUCUAAGACCUCCAUCAAACAUUGAUGUUCUUUUAUGGGCAGCUCAAGUUAAGCCAUCAUCUGAUUCUUCAACCUAAAUAACCUGUAAUGACAAUGACAAAGCUAUCAUUUUAUCACAAAGAAAACUUGUGAGAAAUUUAAAAACAAACACUCCCAGUCUCCAUGUUAUAAGGUCAUGCAUCUUUCCUUAACUUGAUUUGAUGAUAGAGUUUUAAUAGUAAAGUUGUUAUGAUGUUUAUUUUUGCUGUAAUAUAUAUUUGAAAUUUUCAGGAUGUUUGGGCUAAAAUGGGUAUAUCUACAUUCUUUUUCAAAAAAAUUGUUACUUAAGCCCUAGAUCAAUUUGUGAUGUAUUUACAUUUCAGUCUUGUUUUAUUCUUUCUGAAAUAAUGGGAGUGAUAUUUGUGAUCAACAUUCAUGAUAAUCUUCACUUUGCGAUGAUAAAGUCUUAAUAUGUGAUAUCCCUUGUUUUAUAAGUAUUUAUAUAGUGCUUCAUAUAUAGUGUUUCUACAUUGUUAAUACCUUGGUCAUUGGAUCCAUCACUGUUCCAUCAUCUCCACUCCUGAGGGAGUAUCCUGACCAAGAAACAGGUUUUUACUGGAUCACAAAGAUGUGACUCAACUCAUCAUUCUUGAUGCAUCAGUGUUGCCACUGCACAAAUAUAUAUUUUUAAUUUGUUAUUGCUUUUUAUUUAGUUCAAACUUCUUAUUGUAUGACGUUGAUGACAAUCUAAUUCUCCUUUUAAAUUAAUGUUAUAUAUAAAGGUUUCAAUGGGGCUGUGGUUUUACUGAGUUUAUGUUGGUAUAUAUAUGAUAUAUUUCAUGUGAUGUACAGCAUAUUCUCCAUAUAGGUGAAGUACCUAAGAUGAUGUUUUCCAUUUGUCAUGAUUAUAUGGUUUUAGUGCAAGUUCUCACAUUGUUGCUUGCAUGAAGUGUUCCUUGUUCAUGAAUUCCAUUGAAUAUUCACAUUUUUUUGAUGAUCAUAUUGAUUCUCUGCUUCAUUUUACAAUGAUACAAUAUAACAUUCUAAAUGUAUUGUCAUAGCACAUUAAAAUAAGUAAAGAUAAGUGUCAGAGUUGGAAGAGUUUAAAGGACAAGUCCAACCCAACAAAAAAUUGAUUUGAAUAAAAAGAGAAAAAUCCAACAAACAUAAAACUGAAAAUUUCAUCAAAAUCGGAUGUAAAAUAAGAAAGUUAUGACAUUUUAAAGUUUUGCUUAAUUUCAUAAAACAGUUAUAUGCACAUCCUGAUUGGUAUGCAAAUGAGGAGACUGAUGACGUCAUCCACUCACUAUUUCUUUUGUAUUUUAUUGUAUGAAAUACUCUAAUUUUUUUCCUGAUUGUCAAGUGAAACAACGAUUUAUUCCCCCCUGAACAUGUGGAAUAAGCAUUGUUCAAUACUAUAUGGUUCAGUGAAGUUGGUCCUUAUUGUCAAAUCUGUAAAAAAUGAAAUAUUGUAUAAUUCAAACAAAAAACAAAAGAAAUAGUGAGUGAGGGACAUCGACUGUCUCAUUUGCAUGUCACCGAGUUGUGCAUAUCAAUGUUUUGUGAAAAAUAAACGUAACUCUAAAAUGUCAUAACUUUCUUAUUUUACAUCUGAUUUUGACUAAAUUUUUAGUGUUAUGCUAGUUUGAUUUUUCUCUUUUUAUUCAAAUCAACACUUUUCUGGGGUGGACUUGACCUAUAAAUUUUAAGGUCUGGAAUAUUUAACUCUGUCAGCUGGAAUUUAUACAUGUAUAUUUACUUGGUUGAAUUUCAAAAGCCACUCGCAUGUAGAACAUACAGGAUUUGUGUUUAUAACUGAGUGAAGCAUUGGAGGGAAAGUGAUAAUUUAAAGUACAUAACCUGUAUCUUAUGUUAAAAUUCUGCAGAAAACCAUGAGUGGAAGAUCAGAUGAUCUCUUGCUUGGAUAUUUUAAUAGAAGUUGACAGCAUGAACCUAUUAUAAUUAAUCAGGUUCAUGUGAAUUUGUAUAUUACUAUCAGGACUGAACAUUCUCAUACUGUUUCAUGAGUGUAUUGAUAUCAAGUAUGUUUAAUGAAGUCUCACUAUGACUCCCAUUGUUGGUGAUAUGAUUGUCAAAUUGUGCCAAAGAUAUGUAUGUGAUUCUAUUGUAAAUUUGCAGCAGUUGAUAGAUUUCUUUAAAAAUGUAUGCAUUGUACUUUGUUCAAAGGUAAAUCAUGAUAGGAUUUAGUUGUUUUGCAGGGUUUUUUUUUUUUCAAUUUGAAGUAUUGAUUUACUAGUAUUAUAAAAUGAUAAAGCUUUAGUAUUUUAUACAAAAUGAUGAUUAAGAUCCUAAUCAAAUGAUUGGCUGAAAUCUUUCACCUGACCAGUCAUUUUUCAAUUACAUUUAUGUGAAAACUUUGCCAAUGACUCGUCAUGGGUUGUAUACGAGGUUGGUUUAUCAAAUAACAUCACUAUCCGCAAAAGACAUGUAAUACAAAUCAUUUUGAUUGGGCAUUUGAAUGAUUAUGCACACCUUUUACCUUUGUACUGUUCCAAAGGUACAUCUUGUGUUCAGUUUUUACUUAUCUCCUUGACGAGGUGUAUUAUUUGUAUGAUGUAAUACUUCUUUGUUUUGACGUAGAAGUCAAAACAAUUACAAAUCUUAUAUCGGUUGUAUUUAAUGUGUAUGUGUUAAAUAAAUGUUUGCAUUGAAACUUUCUUUAUCUGGACGCAAUGUUGAUGAAGUCAUAUUCAUCAUUGCAUUUUUGAUCGCUGUAGUACUUGUGAAUCCUAAUAUAAUUUAGGUAUAUAUUGCGUAAGUAGCAAUGGCAGAAGUUUUUCUUCAUAAUUUUUUUGCGUUAUAAUCAUCAACUUUCAUGUUGAUUUGUAGAAAUGUAUUUGGAUCUCCUUGAUUCUUUGAUUGCAUUGUUAUCUUUUCAUGAAUAUUAAAUCUUAUUUGCAAUAUUUGUCAGUAAGAAUUAUGCAUUGGCAUUUUAAUUUACCAUAAUUUUGUUCAAUGAUGGACAUUAUGUAUAAAAAGAAACAGGACUUUGAGAUUGAUGAAGCAUUAUAAAUUGCAUUUAUAAUUCAGGGGCUGCGGAAGUGGGGGGCUGGGGGGGCUUCAGCCCCCCCCCCCCCACUUUUUUCCAAAACCGUGUACAAAAACGUAAAAAUGACCAUAGGAUUGUGAUUUUUUUGCAUGGUCAGCCCCCCCCCCUCCCCCACUUUGAAAACCGUUUCGUGGCCCCUGUAAUUAUAUACAUAUCGCCAUCAUUCUGCUAUAUUGCAUGAACUAUUUGUAGUUCUUGAAUUCAAGAAAUGCAACCUAUCAGUUUCUGUAAUUAAUCAGCUCAUAAUAUGUAUGCAUUCUAUUUUUAUUAUGUAUUUUCAUUAAUUUUUCAAGUUAAAAGAGAGUAAUUAAGUUUUGUGUUAUAUUCCAUGUACUUAUCUUAUCCUGAAAUUGUUUGAAUGUAGAUAAAAGGAAGUGACUUAUAUGUAAUGCAUUAUUUUCUUUGACUCGUAUAACAUAUGUAUGUCUUACCCCUAUAUAUGGGACCUUCCUCAAUUUGUAUGCUCUUCAAGUUCUCAGAAAUAUUGAUAUGACCAUGCCUUGGGUAUUGUUAAAGUUCAGUAAAUAUGUGAUGAAAUGGAUGUCUUGCAUUCAAUAAGGUUGAUUAUUUUAUGGAAUUACUCAGCUGUGUUGUUAUUUGGCGUCUGUAUAAAAGGUGAAGCUAUGAAUAUCAAUCUUCUGAAUGAUGGUCGAUUUGAAAAAAAAAUGUUGUACAUGUUAUGUUUACUAAUGUCUUGUCCAAAUAACUAUUUUAAGAAGGUGGAAGAGACAUUGCAUUGAAGAGAGAAUUUCUAACAUAUAUAGUUUAGUGCUUUUUAUUGCACAUGGAUUUGUCAUAUGCUGCCAUCUGCUGCUCAUAAUGUUGUGAUAAUGUUGAGAGUCACUCAUCAACUGCUUGAGUGCCCUCUCCAUUCGACAUAUCAUU